UGCCAAAAUUAAAACCAUGGAAUGAAAAGUGACUUGUCGCCAAACUAACAAAUCAUCACUCAAACGGCAGCUCAGACACCGUCGUCAAUCUCACGCCUUCAUUGAUAUUUAUACGUUCAACAUAAAACCCUGCGACUCUCAGUUCGCGCUUUUCUGUUGGCCCAAGACGAAGAUGUCAACAACAGGUAUCUAUGGCGGAAAACGCACCGGCGUCCGAGUCGUCGUCGCCGGUGACCGUGGUACUGGCAAGUCGACCUUGAUCUCAGCAGUGGCCACCGAAGCCUUCGACCGAAACGUCCCUCCUGUGCUCCCGCCGACGCGCCUCCCCGCCGAUUUGUACAACGAUCUCGUUCCCCUCACCGUCAUCGAUACCUCUUCCAGCUUGGAGAAUAGUAGUAAGCGCAAUGAAGAAUUGAAGCGGGCUGAUGUGGUGGUGUUAACUUAUGCCUGUGAUCAACCGAUGACGCUCAGUCGUCUCUCUACUUACUGGCUGCCUGAGCUUCGUCACUUGGGGGUGAAGGUGCCGGUUAUUCUGGUGGGAUGCAAGUUAGAUUUGCAAGACGAACAGGCGCCAAUGAGCAUGGAGCAGGUGAUGUCACCUAUCAUGCAGCAAUUUAGGGAAAUCGAGACUUGCAUUGAGUGUUCAGCAGCCACUAAUAGUCAGGUUCCGGAAGUAUUUUAUUAUGCUCAAAAGGCAGUCCUUCAUCCAACAACCCCGUUGUUUGAUCAAGAAAGGCAAGCUCUGCAACCCCGAUGCAUUAGCGCUUUGAGAAGGAUAUUUACUCUUUGCGAUCAUGACAUGGACGGUGCCCUCAAUGAUUCAGAACUGAAUGAAUUCCAGGUUAAAUGUUUUAAUGCUCCACUACAGCCUGCUGAAAUUGUGGGAGUUAAAAGGGUUGUACAUGAGAAGCUACCAGAUGGUAUCAAUGAUAUUGGUCUUACCCUCAGUGGGUUCCUUUUUCUUCAUGCUCUUUUCAUUGAGAAAGGACGUCUUGAGACAACUUGGGCCGUCUUGAGAAAAUUUGGAUAUGAUGAUGACCUAAAACUUGCAGAUGAGUUUGUUCCUGUUCCAUCCAAGCGUGCUCCAGAUCAGAGCGUGGAGCUGACAACUGAAGCUGUUGAGUUCCUGAAGGGGAUCUUCCGUUUAUUUGACACUGAUAAUGACGGAGCCCUACAACCACAUCAGCUUGAGGAACUAUUUGCUACUGCUCCAGAAAGUCCUUGGAGUGAACUACCUUUUGAAGAUGCUGCAGAGAUAACAGCAUCAGGGAAUUUACCUCUUAAUGCGUUCCUGUCUGAGUGGGCCCUCAUGACACUAAUAGAUCCGAAGAAAAGUAUGGCUAACUUGAUAUACAUUGGAUACACUGGUGCUCCUGCUUCUGCGCUCCAUGUUACUAGAAGAAGAUCAGUAGAUCGUAAAAAGCAAAAAACUGAAAGAAAUGUCUUCCACUGCUUCGUGGGAAGUAUUGUUGCCAAUUUCAACCUCAGGUCUUUCUCAAAGAGUGACACUACAGCAACUGGUGAGCGUUUCGCAGUGAAUGUUGUUAACCAGGUUGGGGGGAAUAAGAAGACUCUUGUGUUGAGAGAGAUACCAGAAGACGAAGUUAAAACCUUUUUGUCUAAGAAGACCUUUUUGGCAGCCUGUGAUGUAGCUGUCUUUGUCCAUGACAGUUCAAGUGAACAUUCAUGGAAGAGAUCAAGGGAGCUCCUUGUGGAGGUUGCUAAGCAAGGAGAAGAAAGUGGCUAUGGUGUACCUUGCCUCCUUAUUGCCGCUAAGGAUGAUCUGGAUCCAUAUCCAAUGGCAGUACGAGAUUCACUAGGGAUUAGUCAGGAAUUGGGCAUAGAGGCACCUGUUCGUGUGAGCAUGAAGUUGAACACUAUGAAUGAUGUGUUCAAUAGAAUCCUAAGUGUAGCUGAGCAUCCUCACUUGAGUAUUCCUGAAACUGAGACUAGGAAGAACCGCAAGAAGUACCUCCAGGUUGUUAAUCGAUCACUUAUGUGUGUUUCAGUUGGCGCCGCCGCUGCCUUUGUUGGACUGGCAGUGUAUCGUGCGUAUUCAGCAAGGAGAAACGCUUCCGGUUAGGUGCCGGGAUUUGGCCAUCAAUCAAUUGCUGUUGCAGUCUACGAAAACAAUUUUGUUGAUGGGUUAGGUUUGCGUGGUUUUUCCCAGAAACUUUUGGUUCUAUUGGGACAUUCUAAAAACAGCACAUGUAUAGAAAUUGCUUGCAAUUAUUUUUCUCCCAUUGAGGGCUGAUUUCCUUUAACAUUUACAAAUCUCCUUAUACAUUAUAAUCCAGGUAAGAAUUGCUUGUAAUUUAAACAGUAGUGCAACAUCAACGUUAUUAAUAAUAAUGAAGUUUGAUGCUGA